CAAUUUGUCGUAAUGGGCUACGGCAAUGCAAGUUUUUGACAUCAUCCAUUUAAUCCAAAUCUUCCAUUCUUUUUUGAAUUUCUACAGUAAAAAAAUCCGCUGUAGUCAAUUUCUUGCUAAAGGUGGGCAAUAAUUCUAUAUUGAUCCGAACCAAUAUAGAAUUAUUGUAGAGGCAUACAAGUACUGUAAGGUGCGGCCGAUAAUUUCUUCCCACGUUAGCGCAUUGAAUUGGGCAAGGGCUAUUGGCUGCGAAUGGAGGCGGAACCUGGCGGUGGUCAAAGAUGGCUGAGGCGAUGAGCGGUGCUAGGGCAGUUCCCUAUUACUGGAGGAUGGCUAAGUCACGUCCACUGUGGUGGCUUCGGGUUGCAGCCGAGAGAGUAGAGGUGAGGGAGCUUCUGUCUUGAUUGCUGCGAAUCAAAGCAAAAUGGUGCAGCUCUUGAAGAAGCAAACAAAGACUCUCCCCUCCUUUACAUGUCUCUUUCAGUCUUUCUCUUUUUCUUCCUCCACCAAGCACCCCAACCCUUCAUCAGACGUAAAACCCAAUCAAAACCCACUUUCCUCUCUCACAAACGUCCCUCCUUAUCCCUGUAUCGACACAAAUGUCAUCCCCUUCUCAUCAUCGAAGACCCAUCUCUAUGCCUCCUUCUUCUGCACCCUCAUCCACCUCUACUUGACGUGUGGAAGAUUUUCUAAAGCGUCUGAAACCUUCUUCUCUCUGCGAAACCACGGUAUCGUUCCCAUUGUGCCCCUGUGGAAUCGGCUACUAUGCGAAUUCAAUGCCUCUGGUUUGGUUGAUCAGGUAUGGGUUCUUUACAAUGACAUGCUCGCUUGUGGGGUUCUGCCUAAUGUUUUCACCUUCAACAUAUUGGUUCAUUCUUGGUGCAAAGUGGGGAAGUUGGGUCUGGCAUUGGAUUUGCUUAGGAGUGGGAGUGCGGAGGUUGAUACUGUUACCUAUAAUACUGUCAUUUGGGGGUUCUGUGAACAAGGAUUGGCUAAUCAGGCUUUUGGGUUUUUGUCAGAAAUGGUAAAGAAGGGGGUGUAUCUAGAUUCUAUUACUGUAAACAUAUUGGUUAAUGGAUUUUGCAAAAUUGGGCUGGUAAAGCAUGCAGAGUGGGUCAUGGAUGAUUUAGUAAGUGGGGGGAUUCAUCAAGAUACUAUGGGUUUGAAUUCUUUGAUUAAUGGGUAUUGCAAAGCGGGGGAAAUUGACCAAGCACUCAAAUGGGUGGAGAAUAGGAAAAAUAACGGUUUUUUUCCUGACAUUGUUACUUAUAAUACUUUGAUAAAUGGGUUUUGCAAGAUGGGUGAUUUUGUUCAGGCCAAGAGUCUUAUCGAUGAGGUUUUGGGGUCUCAGACAAAGGAGUGUGCGGUUUUGAAAACUGAGGAUAUGGAGGAUGGGGCUGACAGUGUGCAUUUGAAGCCGAACCUUAUUACACACACUACCCUCAUCAGUGCAUCCUGUAAGCAGCAAGAGCUUGAGGAAGCACUUUCUGUGUAUGAGGAAAUGGUUAUGAACGGGUUCUUCCCCGAUGUUGUUACUUACAGUUCCAUUAUGUAUGGCCUUUGCAAGCAUGGGAGAUUAGCUGAAGCAAAAUCUCUUCUAAUGGAGAUGGAGAAGAUGGGUGUGGAUCCCAAUCACGUCUCAUAUACUAUUCUUGUUGAUUCUCUGUUAAAGGCAGGGAGAGAUGUCGAGGCUUUUAUUUUUCAGAACCAAAUGGUAGUUCGUGGCAUUAUUUUUGAUGUGGUCACACUUAGUUCUUUUAUGGAUGGACUUUUUAAGGUUGGGAAAGCCAGUGAGGCUGUGCGCAUGUUCGGAACAUUUUUGAAGCUUAACGUAGUUCCAAAUUCUAUCACCUAUUCUGCACUAAUUGAUGGGCUUUGCAAGUUAGGAGACAUAAAUACUGCGGAGUCUGUGCUGCAAGAAAUGGUGCAGAAGAAUGCUUUUCCAAAUGUUAUUACCUACUCCUCUAUCAUAAAUGGGUAUACAAAGAAAGGAAUGCUUGGUGAAGCUGUUAAUGUACUGAGGAAGAUGGUGCAGCAAAAUAUCUUGCCAAAUGCUUUUGUUUAUGCAACACUAAUUGAUGGCCAUUUCAAGGCAGGUAAGCAAGCAACUGCUCUUGAUCUGUAUAAUGAGAUGAAAGUGGGAGGAUUAGAGGAAAACCAUUUUAUACUUGAUGCUUUUGUGAACAACUGGAAAAGAGGAGGAAGCAUGGUGGAGGCUGAGGGACUAUUCAAAGAUAUGAUGUCUAGGGGUUUGUUGCCUGACCAUGUUAACUAUACAUCCUUAAUGGAUGGCUUCUUCAAAGUUGGUAAGGAGUCAGAUGCUCUUAACAUGGCCCAAGAAAUGACACAGAGAAAUAUUAGGUUUGAUGUUGUUGCAUAUAAUGUUUUGAUUAACGGUCUAUUGAAGCUGGGAAAAUAUGAACUACAAUCUGUUUAUACUGGAAUGAGAGAUUUGGGUUUGUCUCCAGACCAUGCUACUUACAACACCAUGAUUAAUGGUUAUUGUAAGCGGGGGGACUUAAAAAAUGCUUUUGAACUUUGGAAUGAGAUGAAGAGCCAAGGCUUAAUGCCAAAUUCAAUCACCUCGAACAUUCUGAUUAUGGGGCUUUGUGAAGAUGGUGAUAUCAAGAGAGCAAUGGACAUUUUGAAUGAAAUGUUGAUGCUGGGUCAUCAUCCUACUUUAACCACUUAUAGAGUUCUGCUUGGUGCAUCUGCAAAGAGUAUGAGGGCAGAUUCAAUUUUGCAUAUGCAUGAGCAACUAGUAGGUAUGGGGCUUAAACUUGAUCGGGCAGUUUAUAACACUCUCAUCACUACCUUAUGCAGGCUAGGGAUGACUAGGAAAGCUGCUUCAGUAUUGAAAGAUAUGACACAAAGAGGGCUUGAAGCAGAUACUAUUACUUACAAUGCCCUUAUACGUGGGUAUUGUGUAAGCACCCAUGUAAAGAGGGCAUUCACUGUGUAUUCUAGGAUGUUGGUUCAAGGAGUUUCUCUGAAUAUUGCUACAUACAAUCUCCUUCUAGGAGGUCUUUCGGCUGCUGGUUUGAUGAGAGAGGCAGAUGAUUUAUUUGGUGAAAUGCAGGAAAGAGGAUUUGUCCCUAAUGCUUCUAUUUAUGAUACUUUAAUUUCUGGACAUGGCAAGAUUGGAAAUAAGAAGGAAUCAAUAAAACUUUACUGCGAAAUGGUAACUAAAGGUUUUGUUCCCAAAACUAGCACCUACAAUGUGCUUAUUAGUGAUUUUGCUAAGGUGGGGAAGAUGGACCAAGCUAGAGAGCUUUUAAAUGAGAUGCAGGCAAGAGGGGUGUCUCUAAAUUCUUCAACUUAUGACAUACUGAUAUGUGGCUGGUGCAAUCUAUCUAAUCAGCCAGAGUUGGACAUGGCAUGGAAAGUGCGAUAUCGAGCUGAGGCAAAAAGAUUAUUCACAGAGAUGCAAGAGAAAGGGUUUGUUCCAUGUGAAAGUACCCUUUUACGAAUUAGUGCUACAUUUGCUAGACCAGGAAAGAAGGUUGAUGCUCAGAGACUGGUAAAGGAACUGUAUAAGAGAAAGAAUAUAUGAUAGAUUGGCUCAAAACAGAAGACAGGAGAUGUCUAGUGUGGAUAGCCAACCACUUGAGCACUAAUGGAAUUAUGUGUUACUGCAACAUUCCAAUUCUAUAUUUAGACACUUGGUCCUGAAGUACUUUCGGAAAAGCAUUUAGUGCAUUAAAUGAGGAAAAAGCAGCUGCAAGGGGAAGUGGCCUGCUUGUUUCUUAUAUUUUUACCUCCCUUUACUUAUCACCCUUGUAUUGGAGCCUCACCUCCCUUCCCAAUUCCUCAUUUGGUAAGUGUUCAGAAACAACUGCAGCCAGUAUCAUUUUCAGCAGCAUUGUGACCACUAUCAUGUCGUUCUUCAAGUCCUCCUUCACAUCCACUUUACUGUACCAAGACUGCUAUUCAAAGUACCUUGAGUUUAUUUGUAUUCUUGACAGUCAAUUUCUCUUUUACUGAUUUUCGGUCUCUUUAAUUCUAGGACAUCUGAGGUGUACAGUUGUUCAUCACAAAGUCCAAAUAUCAUUAAAUGUUGUAAUCACAAGGACAAGAAAGGCCAAAGAAAAUGUUGUUUAGGACACUAACAAAAAACAAUACGACUAUAAUUUACAGAGGGCAUGGCUCUAUCCUAUUCUGGAUAUCUUCAUCUUGCAUGGCAGGGAUGAUGGCUCCUAAGUUUUGUAGUUUCCCAUUGAAGUUCUUAUGAACUGAACGUACUGAACCUUUAUGCACUCAAUAGAUUCUUUAGUGGCACAGGAUGCUCAUUUAUGUCUUUCAUCUUCUUCAUUUUUAUCAUCACAUUCAUUAUGCUGUUCUAGCUAUAGGCAUGGCCUGUAGCCAGGACACUUUGACUAUCUGUGCAUGGUUUCUUCACUGUUAUUUUAACAUCCACUGAUACCAUCCCUUUCUUUAAUGCUCUCUCUCUCUCUCUCUCUCUCUCUCUCUCUCUCUCUCUCUCUCUCUCUCUCUCUCUCUCUCUCUCUCUCUCUCUCUCUCUCUCUCUCUCUCUCACUACACACACAUUCACACUGAUGCUUCCUGCUUUGAGAAAGGAAAGCACCAAUUCUAGAUCCCUGUCAUUAAUUUUGAUUUAUUUUUGAAAUAUUUAUAAGUUAUUUUAUAUUCCAGUUUUCUAAUUAAAAUCCAAAUUAUUGUACCUGACUACUUUGGUUAGUUGUUGAUUCUUCUAGCUUUGAUAUGCCCUGUAUUUUAGUGAAGUAGAAUCAUUGCAGUUGAAAGAGUAGUUUCUGCAUUCAUUCCUUUUGAGUUCGUCUCCCAGAGACAUGGUGAAUCGUUUCAAUUUUUGCUACUUACCCUCUACAUUUUACAAAUAAUAUCUUUUUCCGUUAACUUUGCAGAAGUUCUUCAUCCCUUUCUGGCAGUCUAUAGAAAAAGGAUAUUUCCAUUUCUCUGGGUUCUUGGAUAUCAAGGGAAGGAAAAAAAAUGUUGAACUACUAGUCAAAGCUUCAGAGCAGAAAGAGAAGUUGAAAGUUGACCUGCCCUCCUAGGAGGGGAAAAUAUUCACCCUGGAAAACAUAGUUUCCUAAUUAGAAUUAAUUAUUUCCCAUACUGUGUUUUGGGACCAUGAAUAAAAACAAAAAUAAAAAAUUAAAAGAAAUUUAGGAUCAAGGAACACUCCUUAUGCUCACAGGAUUCACUAUUUUCUGCUCUUGAUUUUUUCACUAUAGUCUUGACAAAGAUCCACAAAUCAUCAUUUCGGAAACAUAUGGUCUCUACCCUGCAUUUUUGAAACCUCCUUUCAUUAUGUUUUAGGCUGCACAUACCUCUAUAAGAAGUUUUUGGUCCUUUUGUGCGUUUGGCAUGAUCAUGAAACCAAUUUUGACAUAAUGCCAUUAUUUUCUCCCCCUUUUAGCUUCAUGCAUUCCCCCCUUCCAUGGGUAUCUGUACCCUUUGUACUUUGUGAUCAGCAGAUGCAAAUAGUGAAGCGUCAAUUGCUCUGCCACUUUGCAAAGGACACAAUACAUUAUACAGUAUUUAGUUGCUUGUAAGUGUUAUACCAUACAAUCUUUAAUAAAUUACUUAUUUUAGUGCUCUAGAGAUUUUGUUCCUUGAUUUCUUCACUUUGCUUUAGGUCAUUUCUGGCCUUUCAGCAUAAUCUUUCCAGCCAUGUUGUGCUGGUUUAACGGUUGGAGAGGAAAGAUAGGCCCUGAAAAGGAGCCACUGAAAGCCUCAUAUACUGGCAUAUCAAAAGCUCUAAAAAGCACUCGUAUAAUUCAAACCUUGUUGUCUUGUAUGGAUUUUCAGUACUGGUUCAAAGGGCACAAAACGGGACUAAGGUGACAUAGAUGCGAGAAGAAUCAUCUUGGGCUUUUUCACUUUGGAUCAUGACCCGAAGGUUUCGAAAAAACUUUGAUUUAUGGAAAAAUCAUUAUUGGUUUAUUUCAAGAAGACAGGGUCUAUGUGGUCUUGCAUGCAUUCCCACUUCUGCAAAUAGGUCAACGGCCACUUAAGAGUCCAAACAUCUUGGAAGGGGUUUAGUACCAACGUAAGAGCUGUCUGGACUAACAGAGAGAACGCCGAGGCAUUUUCUUGGAGCUGCCUUCCAAGACUUUGAAGACUUCCUCCAGAGAUGAAAGGGACACUAGGGAAAAAUUUUCCCGUUAGAAGUAGUUGAAUUGGGCAGUUCUGAUAUUAUACCUAACAUUAUGCUUCUAAGAAAUGGGCUGAAUUGCAAAGGAUGAUUAGAGAAAAGAAAAUCAAGGUACUAAAAAGAUUUUAGAAAUUAAGGUGCUAAAAUUCUUCCUCUAAAUGUUUUGUUUAUUGCAUAAUGGCCACUGGUAGGCGAACAUAAUUACUUACAUUUUUCUGUUUAAUAGCUCUAACUAUUCAUAUACAUUGCGUGGGAAUACAAGUAGUUAGCUGCAACAUGCAAACACAUCUUCGUUUCUGAUGAUCAAAUUUUAUUUUUUCCCAUUGAAAAUA